UCUCUCUCUCUCUCUCUCACACACACACACACACACACGCCUUCGUCUAUCCACUCUUCCUCCUGUAUUUUAUGCUUUUCUUUGGUGUCUCAUUCCUUUGGAGCAGUUUGGGAGCAUGGAGCUGGAGGAUUUUUGUUUAAAUGACAACUUUCAAUUCUUUAACCCGCAAAACAGUCUUAUGGAUGCUUCGUCUUCCAAUGACCCCCCUUCACCACGUGAAAUGGCAUUAAGUCCUCACCUCGCUCUGGACAGCGCAGUCCCGCUCAGCCCGAGCAGUACCUCGGACAGCAGCGCAUACAGCCUACUUUCUCACGGCCAAUCACUUGAGGCGGACUCGCCUGUUUCCAGCAGUGGUAACGCAGUGAGGACUGCUACCUCUUCAUUCAACCCUGCUCGCUACUGCUCUGACGAUCACCGAGGCCUCCGCCUGUCGUCUCAGGCAGACUCCACGCUGAGUCACGACUAUAUCUCCACGCUUAACUCUGGACCUAAACGACUCUGUUUGGUGUGCGGGGAUUUUGCGUCCGGCUAUCAUUAUGGCGUUGCGUCUUGUGAAGCGUGCAAGGCCUUCUUCAAAAGAACCAUUCAAGGGAAUAUCGAAUACAGCUGUCCAGUGGUGAAUGAGUGUGAGAUUACGAAGAGACGGAGGAAGGCGUGCCAGGCCUGUCGCUUUCAGAAGUGCCUGAGAGCAGGCAUGAUGCGUGAGGGUGUCCGUAUGGAUCGAGUGAGAGGAGGCAGGCAAAAAUAUAAAAGGAGAAUGGAUUCAAGCCUCUCUGUCUCGAGCAAAACACCCUAUGCACAUCCAGUUAAACCUGUUCGAAACAAAAUCAUCUCUCAGCUUCUGAUGUCAGAGUUGGCUCCUCUGCGAGCUUCUCCUGACCCCUCAACCCCCGACAGUGACCUCAAAACCCUCCUGACCUUGUGUGACCUCUUAAACAGGGAACUUUUGGUCAUCAUCAGCUGGGCCAAACACAUACCAGGGUUUGCCACGCUCCCGCUAGUGGACCAGAUGGCACUGCUACAGACUGGCUGGAUGGAGGCACUUCUGCUGUGUGUGGUGUGGCGGUCACAGGGUUCAGGUGAGAAGCUGCAGUUUGCGGAGAACCUGCAGCUGAACGAGGAUCAGUGCAAGGCAGCAGGUCUACAGAAGCUCUACAGGCCACUGCACCACCUUACUACCAAGUACCAACAGCUGAACCUCAGCCUGGAGGAGGCAGUCAUGAUGAAAGCCAUGGCUCUCGCCAACUCAGGCUGCCUAACAGAGAGACAGCAGAGGCUACAGCAACAAUACUGCUUAUACUCCUGGGAUGCAGAGAGUGUGGAGAGUGGUGAUGCAGUGCUGCGCUUCCAGGACAGCCUCCACGAAGCACUGCAGGACUACGAGAGCAGCCAGCAUCUGGACGAGCCGCACCGCGCCGGGAGGCUCCUGUUGACCCUGCCCCUGCUCAGACAGACUGCACAGAGGGCCGUGCACUGUUUCUGCCACCUGCACGUGGAGAGGCAUGUGCCCAUGCACAAGCUCUUUCUGGAGAUGCUAGAUGCCACAAUAUAGAAGCUCAGCAGAAUGAGGGAGAGGGCAACAGUGCUAUGGCAGACACUGAGGAAGCCAGAGGCACUGAAGGGGAUUAGAAGAUUGCAGGCCUACUGAAACGAUCAGAGAGACGUCAUCCACGAACAUGGACAAUCAAACAUGUACUGUAUGAAAAGGUGCAACUGAUAUGAUUUUGUAAAUUAUACUAGUGUAGCUGUUUCAUAGACAACAUUCAGUCUGUCUCUGAAAUGUAAUGUUUUAUUUUGAUCAGUGUAUUUUUUUCUUGGAAGAAUUGUUCCUAAUGAGGAGCUGUAGUAUAAUACAAAGACAUGCCACUACCAGCUCUGCUAUUUAUUGACCUAUUUAUUAAAUAUGCUACCCAAGUUUAGUUAUUUAUAUUCAAAUAAACUAUUUUUGGAAUUUUUUCUUGCUGUUUUGUGAAUCUUAAAUUUACCACUUAUUUAAUAAAGCUUUAAAAAGUUAUUUUAAAUAUAUGAAAAGGGAAAUGAUUACCAUAAACAGCAUUUUCGAAUGUUGAUACAUUUAUAAAAUUAUUGUAUAGUAUAUAUUAUUAGUAUUAUAGCGUAUAAAGUAUAUAACUUGCAAAAAAAAAAAAAAAAAAAUGUAAAAAAGUAUAUCCAGUGGAAGAAAAGUGAACACAUUGCCACAUUGAUUUCUUUUGCAUUUACAUUAAUUAAUAAAAAAACCCAAACAUAGUUGAUACAUAUUACAAAUUAUUCAGGACAUGAAAGUUAAUGAUUGGUUACAAAUUGCAUACAAUUAAAGUAUUUUCUUGGUGAAAUUGUUUUUUGUGAAAUACAAUACCUGCAUUUCAAUGAUAAAUCCCUGUGACUACAGGUUAUUAAAAGCACUCAUAACAUCAGCAAAUACAUGGCUGUAAACAGUAAGAAUACAUUACUCCCAAACACCUCUUCAUGAACAAAUGAUGAUUAAUCUCCAAACAAAUACUGUUUCAUGCUUAUGCUAAAGCUGAAAAAAAAAAAAAAAAA